UUUCCCCUACUUCUUCUCUACUACAGCCGCCAUAAUGCACAACAAACACCACCACCCGCCUGACCCUCCCGUACCCAUCGCGCGGCGCCCCUCGGCCCCAGGCCUCCCCGACACCCUCCGCGACAACAUCACGCUCCCAGCGCCCCGGGGCGCCCCCUCCACGCAAACCUCCGUGACCGCGUCCGCCCACCCGCUCGAAGCCCGUCUGCACGCGUGGCGCGCCACCCAAGACGCCCUGAAGAUGGAGUCGCUGCGUCGGGCGUACGGGAUCGCCGAGCCCGUGCGCCGCGGCAUGGAGCUGCGCAUCGUCAAGGAUGGAUCGUUCACGCCGGCCAUGCUGGGCGGUGGGAAGGGCGGGAAUCUCCAUGAGGAUAUUUUGGUGCUUGGGGGGAGGGAUGCUGAGGUGGGGUGGGAGGAUGUUUUUAAGGGAGACGAGUUCCGCGAACCUCCUACUUUCCACCAUGAGAUGGAGAACAGAUUGCGUAUGGAGCAUUAGGGGGGUGGAUAUCCAGGAUCAAGGAUUGUUGAUUGGGAUAUGGAUGGGUUCAUGUGAAUGCAUGGAUAUAGGAUAGGGAUAGGUAGGACUGGGCUGUUUACGGGUCGUUAUGAUGAAGUAGUCUUUGAUACAAUGCAUGCGGAUACAACAAUCUAAGAG